UAUUGUAUAGAAAUUCUAAUUUCAAUAAUAAUUUUGUUACAGAACAUCGUGAUGAAAGUAGUUAGUCUUCAAUUACCGUCGGGACCCAGUAUGGAGCGGUUACCGCUACCAUUUAGCCCGACGGAACUUCUAUGGAGGUACCCAUUACCUUGGGCACCGCCUCCACCAUCACCUCUCGGCGAUACAAAGGCCCAAUUACCAGCUGGUCUCCCUCCAGAACCAAGAUUAUGGACUCGCGAAGAUGUUGCCGUUUUCUUAAAAUGGUGUGAGAGGGAGUUCGACUUGCCUAACUUCGAUAUGGAUCUAUUUCAAAUGAAUGGUAAAGCCCUUUGUCUUCUAACAAAAACUGAUUUGGGAGAACGUUGCCCUGGAGCUGGUGAUGUUUUACAUAAUGUUCUACAAAUGUUAGUACGCGAUGCAGCCUUACUUGGGAGAGUACCAUCCUCGCCAGUGACGCCUACAGCGCGCGCGGCUCCAUACCCCCCAUCGCCACAUUCACACCCCCCAACCCCUACUUGGGCAGUAGAUGGGUUCCACCACUUUCACAGUGCCGCUGCUGCGGCAGCUCAGCCUAAUUCUGUUACAUUAAGUCCAGCACCAUCGGUGGAUAGUUCUGGAAGCCCUCAAAGAGGAGAAGCUAUGAACUACGCCCCUGCUUAUGCUCCACCAGUACCCGUAACUGCUCAAGCUGUUAGUUCUGGAAGUAAUCACUCGGAUUCGGAUGAAGAAGCCCAGUUUUCGGCACCUCGGUCACCGAAGGAAACUGCUUUAACGAGCCCUGCGCCGCAAACACAUGUUGCGCAACAACACACGCAUUACCGAACUCAACAUCGGGAAUUCUUUCCAAACGAUAUGCCCGAAUCUAACACAAAUGGUAGACUUCUAUGGGAUUUCUUGCAACAACUUUUAAAUGAUCCUACGCAAAGAUACACAAAUUACAUUGCGUGGAAAAAUAGAGAAACGGGCGUUUUUAAGAUAGUAGAUCCAGCUGGUCUUGCUAAGCUUUGGGGUAUUCAAAAAAAUCAUUUGUCAAUGAAUUAUGACAAAAUGUCACGUGCUCUACGAUACUACUAUCGUGUCAAUAUACUAAGAAAAGUACAAGGGGAACGACAUUGUUACCAAUUUUUAAGAAACCCAACGGAACUGAAAAACAUAAAAAAUAUUUCACUACUACGGCAACAAAUGAGUCCAACUCGCGUUGCACAACAAGCAGCGGUAAAAACGGAAAUGAAAGAAGAGCGAUGUGAAGAGGAUAACGUUGAUGAAGAUAUGCCCACUGACUUAAGUAUGACGGCGUCAGAGCCCUGGAGGAAACGAGCUCGACCCGACCCACCCGCUCCUCACGACAAACAUCGUAUUAGUGCUCUCAUCGGCGAUAAUAUGAUGUUAAAAAGAGAAGCGGAGUAUAACAAUGAACAUUAUGCUCUCAAUUUAAAAAGUGAAAAAUGUGAACAAUGAUUUGUAAACAUGUGACAUAACAUAGAACACUCAGUGUGAUGUGUUUUAAAUUUUGAUUGUGCAAAAUGCUCCAUCUGCUGUAUUUUAGUCAAAUAUCUCUCAGUUAUAUUGGUCUUCCUUUAAAUAAUGAAUAUAAAUAGAAUUAUCCAAAAAUAUAAACACUGAGAGUAAUUUGAUAAAUAUGGUCAUUGGGGUAAAGACAGGGUAUGGACCUAUAAUGAUGCCUUUGUGCCAAGUGAUUUUUAUCUAAUAGUGUCAAUUACGUAACUAGUUAGCAAAAGAGGACAAGAAUUUAUUUGUGUUGAAGUCAUAAAGACUAUAUAAAUAUUUUGUGCAAUGGAUAAUUUUGUAAUUGCUGACUGAAAUCUUGCAGUUACAAUAAAAAAAUGUUGCCAAAAUCAUCUGUAGAGCUACAUCUAUCUGCGGAAUGCGUUGAAAUUGCAUUUUUCUAUUAAUUUAAUUAAGUAACAUAUGUUUAUUUUUGUUUUUUUUUUUUUUUUUAUAGAUUGCUGAAGAUUUAAAAAACAAUAUCACACGAAAUAUUAUUGUCUUCCAUUGUUUUGUUUUUUUGGCAAAAAAAUAAAUAAUUGUAGCAUGUGAAAUAUUUAAUUAAAGCUACCACAAUUAUAUUUGUUUUAUAAUUGGCAACUUCUAUUAUCAAAGAUUUUCAUCUACACUUGUUCUACAAAUUAUGUUAUAUAAUAAAUGUUAAAAAGACAAUAAUUUAACUAACCUACCUAAACAAUGCCUUGAAAUUCAAUCUAAAAUCCCACUGUGAUAAAAAGUAUGAUGUGGUAGUCUUAUAGAAUAUGCUAGGGCUUUUACUCAAUGAUUUCCAGCUACAAUUUUCUGUGAUCUCUUAUAACAAUAUAAGUAAAUAAUGUAAUAAAAGGUAAUAGAUAUCGUGUUUGUAAAUAUUAGUUAAAUAUAAAUUAGAAUAAGUGAACCAAAAUAAUGUAUGUAGAAUUUGUCAAACAAAAUGUGAAGCUUUAUCAAAGUACCUAGGUAACAGUAAGAAUAGUAACAAUCAAGUUUGUACUUUUACAAUAAUUUCUAUUUGGCGGUAGCCACGAUUUCCAAACUUGUACACAAUAAAAGUAAAUAUAAUCUAAAAUGUUGUGUCAGAUUAUAACCUAAAAUAAAUGGAAAUAAUAUUAUUGUAA